GUUAGGUAUGGGAGAGAUGUAUGAUAUACAUGGCCGCGCGGGUGGUGUUGUGACCACACAAGUGUGGAUAAUUACCAGUUGUGGACAGUUACCAGGUGUGGACAGUUACCAGGUGUGGACAGUUACCAGGUGUAACUUGACAACCCCAAGUGAUAACUCCCGUGAACACUAUGGAUGACGACGAUAUUUUCACUAUUAUCAAGAUUAUUAUCACCGGCUUCUCUCCCCAGAGGGUGUGAUGGUGUGUAAUGCGGGUGAGGGGCGGUGGACGGCUGGGGCUCGCCCUGCUCUCCCUCACCACCCUCACACUACUGCUGCUUCAACAUUGUCGUCUCUCCCACCACUUGCACGGUGAGGAUGAAGGUGCAAGCUACGAGAGACAGCUGGCGUGGAGGGAGGAGGAACAUAGAGCUCACACUCGACGUCUCCUCCUCCAGAUAGCACAGCUCAAAGAAGAGCUCUCCAGGGUACAUGGCACCAGAGGUGAUUCAGAGUCAUCUGAGAGCCCAGGGUGGGGUGGGUUGGAAGCGCCUACACUUGUAUCUGGUGGCAGUGGUGACACUGCCACCAACACUAAUGUAGUGGUGGUGGAUGGUCCCUGUGGAGCUGUAAUACAACACCAGGUCGCUCAGUCCGAGAUCACGCAGGGCAUCCCGCUUAAUAAUGAGUAUGAGAUUGUGGCUUUCUCCCACUUCACAUGGUCAAGGGUGUACCCCUCAGAGCUUGGCCUGGGUAAGAGAGUGGUGGAGAAACCUAUAGGCUUUAAGCGUCGUGAUAUUCUUGCUGCUCUCACUGCAGCUCUUGAUCAUCUUAAUACACCCAUACCUGCCAGAUUUACAGUGGAUGAUUUUGUAGAGGGGAUGUACCGCACAGUGGCGACAAGUGGCACUCAGUACGAGUUACAGUUCCAUGACCGUCAUGCCAACCACUCCGGUCACCAGUACCGCUCUGUCACGCUUUUAAGACCCUUUGCACCAUUAACUGUAGUUACUAAAGUGCAACACAGCACUAAACAACUGAUCAACAUCAUCCUGCCACUCUCAGGAAGAAUAGAUACAUUUAGAGGAUUUAUGGAUAAACUUGUUACCAUCAUUCUUCGCCACGAUCGCCGAAUUUUCCUAACAGUUGUUUAUUUUGGCCACGAAGGCUUGCAACAAGUAAGAAAUAUUAUUACUAAUGCAUCCAAGGAGGCCAAGUUUAGACACAUCAAAUUGCUCACUCUAAAUGAAACUUUUUCUAGAGGAAAAGCACUCCAGGUCGGUGCCACCCAUUGGUCCAAGGGUGAUGUACUGCUGUUCAUGUGUGAUGUUGACAUUGUCUUCAGCACUCGUUUCUUGGAACGAUGCCGUCUCAAUGCUUUUCCAGGUCAUUCUGUCUACUACCCAGUCGUAUUUUCCCUGUAUAAUCCUCAGAUGGUUUAUCCUCUCCAAGGCAAACCUGUACCUCAGGAACUGGACCAGCUGGUGAUCUCUAGAGACACUGGGUUUUGGCGUGACUUUGGCUAUGGGAUGACAUGCCAAUAUAGAUCAGAUUUUUUGAGUGUUCAAGGCUUUGAUGAGGAUAUUAUUGGUUGGGGUGGUGAAGAUGUCUUACUCUAUCGCAAGUACGUCAAGUCUAGACUUUCGGUUAUCCGUUCUACGGAUCCUGGGAUAUUCCACUUGUGGCAUCCUAAGGAAUGCUCCACCUCUCUAUCUGCUGACCAGUACCGUGCCUGCAUCACCUCACGCGCCCUUAAUGAGGCCUCACAUGCUCACCUUGGCCUCAUUGCCUUUAAAGAUGAUCUGGGGAAGCAUCCCCUUGGAGCUGAAGCACUGACAGGCAGCAACACACUGGAAGAGCAGCAACUUAAAGCUGAAAUAACUGGUAUCAGCGAAGAGACGCCUUCAAACUUAUAUCGCAAAACUGUACCAUCUCUAUAAAUUGCCCACAAAACUUCAGAAAAGUUAGACAAAAUAAACCCCAUCGUGUAUACAUGCACAAUUCCUCCCAACCCCUCUCCCUGUUCUCCCUCUGGAUAUAGAAUUUUAAGCUGCUCAUAAUGUAAGUGCUUUAUUAGACAUGCUCUUAAAUCCUGUAGUUUUAUCACGUUGACUAGUCAUUCCGUUAGCCUAAGGAUAUAAAUGUUGAUUUCUUUUUCUUUACUGGAUGUUUUAGCAUGCAGUUUAAAACACAUGGUCAAAGAAGACAUGCUAUCAUUCAACUGUCAACUUCAGUUGAUGACAAGUCUUUUUUUUUUUUUUUACAAACCGGCCGUAUCCCACCAAGGCAGGGUGGCCCAAAAAGAAAAACGAAAGAUGACAAGUUUUAUUACCACAUAUUUUCUGUGAUUCCUAAUUUCUGGCAUUAAUGGAACUCAUUCUUUUUUUUUUUCUACCAUUCAGCUAAAGUAAAAAUACUCUCUCAAGAUAGGAUGUCAAAAUAUUUGCAUUAGUUAGACUUAUUAUACAAUCUUAGUCUACUUUAAUAGUUAACAUAUUUUUAGGAGCAUCAAAACAAUAAGCAAGCAUUGCCCUGAGAACAAAUUUUGCUGUACUCUUAUUUGUUAUAAUGCAAACUAGAAUUUGAUAGUUUGUUUAUACAGUACCAGUGAAAACUGUUAUGAACCUUAUUUCUAAUUUGGAUGCAAGUAAUUCAUCACUUAUCCAUUCAGGAUUCAUUUACAUGGAUAUUGUACGUAGUGUUAACUGGAUUAUAAUUAUUGUAGUCGCACAAAAGUGCAUUAAACACUGAGUACAGUGGACCCCCAACUUACAAUAUUAAUCCGUUCCAGAGAGCACCUCGUAAGACGAAAUUAUCGUAAGUCUAAUUAAUUUUCCCCAUAAGAAAUAAUGGAAAUCAAAUUCGUUCAAAACAUCCAAAAUUAUGAAAAAAAAAAAAAAAUUUUUACCACAUGAAAUAUACAUGUGGAUACAUGCACAAUAUAUAUAUUGUGCAUGUACUAG